AUGGCUUCCUCAGUUGCUUCCAAUGGAUCACCAACCCUCCGUCGUACAAUCGAUCGUAGCAGCCAUGAGAACCCUGGAUUCGGUGACGAUGCUGUUGACAAACUAACAACAAGAAUAGACAAUGCUAAUACUCUCAAAAAGGCAGCUACAGCUCUUUCUACAAACAAGUUGGGCAACCAAGCUGCUCCUAAGAAGAUGAAGUUAAGCCACGAUACUUUCACUGCCCCUACUACCACAGCUUCGUUCCAAUGCCCCACUUUCGACAACUCGCCAAAUCCUGUUGAUAAAUUAUUGGCCAAGCUUUCGGAGCAACAAGCAGUUCUCAAUCGCCAACAUGAAGCUUUGAGGAACUCGGAUGACUAUAGUUCGAACAAUUCACGAACUCUCGACUACUGUUCUGCUCCUACUUCUGUCCCAAUUACACCUGCCACGGAAAACUUUGACUCUGGCACAGCAACAACUGCUCCAACUACUCGUCCUCAGAGUCGUGGCGAUGGCGAUAAUCAGCCUAGUGCUGAAGAGGUUCUACGUCUCAAGAUUGAGUUGGAGGCUGCAAAAGGAAGAAUUGCACGCAUGGAUCAAGAGCUUGCACAAAACCGCAUUACAAAGCAUACUAUUGACCAAGCUAUUGGUAGUGUUUCUGAAGCAGACUUUCCUCUUGGAAACGUUUCAGACCCCUCUGUCGGUAUCCCCCCAAACCAUUUCCGUCCUCACGUCACUCGUGAAAGCUCCUGGGGCAACCAAGAAGAUGCAAAUUCUGACCAUAGUGAUGCUCUCUCCGCAAGUGGCUACAACCGUACUCGGGCUAUUUGGGGCAAUAACAAACCAAAUUUCCCGAGUGCUCCACCAAUGCCUUCCUUUCAACCUUCUGGUCCACAUACUGCUGGACAAUGGAUGGGUCGUGGUAGUUGCAAUCAACCAUUCGUUGAGCCAAACAUGGCAUUUGGUGGACCACCUCCAAAUACCUUUCGUGGUGAGAGAUAUGAGCAUGAUAUGGCAAUGCCCGGUGGUGGAAUCCGUCGUAACAAUGGCAACAGAUUCAACAACAAUCGUAAUCUAGGUUCCAUUCCUUACUCGAGCAGCUCAAGCUCCUUUGAAGGUUUCACACCAGCUUCAAGUUCUUAUGGAUCAAUGGGGGGAAUUCCAACACCACUGGGCAAUCAGAUGAACAUGGAUAUGAAUAUGGGAAGUGGAAUGUACUCAGGCUACCAACCUCAGCCAAUAGGCACACCUCUUUCGCCACAUGCACCAGAGUUUACUUCAGCCAGUGGAACAUGGAAGACCGAGUCGGUCGCUAAUGAAGGCCACCAAACUUAUCUACCAACCACUGAGCCAUUGAACUAUCGUCGUCUCCUGGACAGAACCGUCAACUGUAACUGGAAGUAUAUUGUUGACAAGAUUGUUUGCAAUAAUGAUCAACAAGCUUCGAUCUUCUUGCAACAGAAGCUCAAGGUUGGUACAACCGAGCAGAAAUAUGAUAUUGUCGAGGCUAUUGUUGCCCAGGCUUAUCCUCUAAUGGUCAAUCGCUUUGGAAACUUCUUGGUUCAACGAUGCUUCGAGCACGGUACUCCAGAACAAGUCAUCAAGAUUGCAGAGGCUAUACGUGGCAAUACUCUCAAUCUCUCCAUGGAUGCUUUUGGUUGCCAUGUUGUCCAAAAGGCUUUUGAUUCUGUUCCAGAAGAUUACAAGGCUAUUAUGGUCCACGAACUGCUCCGUAGAAUUCCAGAAACUGUCAUUCAUAGAUACGCUUGCCAUGUCUGGCAGAAGUUGUUUGAACUUCGCUGGACUGAGUCUCCCCCUCAGAUCAUGAAGUACGUUAAUGAAGCUCUUCGUGGUAUGUGGCAUGAAGUCGCUCUUGGUGAGACUGGUAGCUUGGUGGUUCAGAACAUCUUCGAGAACUGUCUGGAAGAAGACAAGCGUCCUUGUAUUGAAGAAGUCCUUGCUAGCAUUGACAUUGUUGCCCAUGGACAGUUCGGUAAUUGGUGUAUUCAACAUAUCUGCGAGCAUGGAGCACCAGCUGAUCGCAGCCGGGCUAUUGACCAUGUUAUCCGCUACGCUUCCGAAUACAGCAUGGAUCAAUUUGCUUCUAAGGUUGUCGAAAAGUGCCUCAAGAUUGGCGGUGUCGACUUUCUUGGUCGUUACCUUGAUCGUGUUUGUGAAGGUCGCCUCGACCGUCCCCGCAUCCCUUUGAUCGAUAUUGCCAGUGAUCAGUAUGGCAAUUACUUGAUCCAGUACAUUUUGCAGCACUCUAACCCACAACAUCGAGAAAUUGUCGCUUCUCAUAUUCGCAAGCAUAUGGUCUCCCUUCGUGGUUCAAAAUUUGGUUCCCGAGUUGGUAUGCUCUGCACCAACCCUGCCCUUCAAACUCGUCCAGGCCCAGGCUCUGGCCCUACAAUCAGCAGCGCUCCACCACCACGUAUGCCACCAACCAAUGUUCGAUACGGUAGUACCUACCGCUAA